AUGGCUUCUGGUUCUGGUUCUGUUGGUUGUAAUGGUGAUAGUAGAAUUGAGAAUUUGAUUUGUGCUACUAAAUCAUUGAAAUUUAGCUUAGAGAAAUCAAAGGUUGUUGGGUUAGCAUUAGAGAAAGCAGGGCCAAGGUUAGAUGAGAUUAGGGUAAGGUUGCCUUGGCUUGAAUCUGCGGUUCGGCCGAUUCGUGCUGAGAAGGAUGCUCUUGUGGCGGUUGGAGGGCAUAUUAAUAGGGCUGUUGGUCCUGCGGCUGCUGUGUUGAAGGUUUUCGAUGCGGUUCAUGGGCUUGAGAAGUCUUUGUUGUCGGAUCCGCGGAUUGAUCUACCGGGUUACUUGUCGGUUUUGAAGCGUCUUGAGGAGGCGUUGAGGUUCUUGGGAGACAAUUGUGGGUUGGCUAUUCAAUGGUUGGAUGAUAUAGUAGAGUAUUUAGAAGAUAAUUCGGUUGCGGAUCAGGUUUAUAUUAAGAAUUUGAAGAAGGAGUUGGAGAGUCUUAAGGAAUCACAGAAUGGUGAUUUAGAUGGUGGUUUGUUAGAUGCUGCUUUGGAUAAGUUGGAGAAUGAGUUCAGGUUGUUAUUAACUGAAAACAGUGUGCCGCUUCCUAUGUCGUCGAAUUCUCUUGGUGAUCAGGCUUGUAUUGCGCCUUCGCCUUUGCCUGUUUCGGUGGUUCACAAAUUGCAGGCUAUUCUUGGUAGGUUGAGGGCUAACGACAGACUUGACAAAUGUGUUUCGAUUUACGUUGAAGUUAGAAGUUCUAAUGUUAGGGCAAGUUUGCAGGCACUGAAUUUGGAUUACCUUGAGAUCUCGGUGUCUGAGUUCAAUGAUGUGCAGAGCAUAGAGGUGUAUAUAGCUCAGUGGGGAAAGCAUUUGGAAUUUGCGGUGAAGCAUUUGUUUGAGGCCGAGUAUAAGCUUUGUAAUGAUGUGUUUGAGAGGCUCGGACUCGAUGUGUGGAUGGGUUGCUUUUCAAAGAUAGCUGCACAGGCUGGUAUACUUGCGUUUCUUCAGUUUGGGAAGACCGUUACGGAAAGUAAGAAAGAUCCCAUUAAGCUUUUGAAGCUGUUGGAUAUUUUUGCGUCGUUGAACAAAUUGAGGCUGGAUUUCAACCGUCUUUUUGGGGGAGAUGCGUGCGUUGAAAUCCAAAAUUUGACGAGGGAACUUAUUAAAAGUGUGAUUGAUGGCGCAGCCGAAAUUUUCUGGGAACUUCUGGUUCAGGUAGAGUUACAGAGACAGAGCCCUCCCCCUCCUGAUGGCAAUGUUCCUCGAUUGGUAAGCUUUAUCACUGAUUACAGCAAUAAACUCUUGGGGGACGACUACAAGCCUAUACUGACCCAAGUUCUGAUCAUUCACCGAAGUUGGAAGCGUCAAAGUUUUCAGGAGAAGCUUCUUGUGAAUGAGAUUUUGAACAUAUUGAAGGCCAUUGAAAUAAAUUUGGAUACAUGGAUAAAGGCUUAUGACGAUCCUAUGUUGUCCAAUUUUUUUGCCAUGAACAAUCACUGGCAUCUGUUCAAGCAUUUGAAAGGGACGAAACUCGGGGAUCUUUUAGGAGAUUCAUGGUUAAAGGAACACGAACAAUAUAAGGACUAUUACUCGACAAUAUUCUUGCGAGAUAGCUGGGGAAAACUCCCUGGACAUUUGAGUAGAGAGGGGCUGAUUCUUUUCUCGGGAGGGCGUGCUACUGCUCGCGAUCUGGUCAAGAAAAGAUUGAAAAAGUUCAAUGAAGUUUUCGACGAUAUGUAUUCCAAGCAAUCAGGUUGGAUCAUGGUCGAGCGAGAUCUGAGAGAGAAGACAUGUCAGCUUAUAGUGCAAGCUGUCGUGCCUGUUUACCGGAGUUACAUGCAGAACUACGGUCCCUUGGUCGAGCAAGAGGCCAGUUCGAAUAAAUACGCAAAAUACACAGUACAGAAGCUUGAAGAAAUGCUUCUCUGUCUUUACCGGCCGAAGCCUGCAAGACACGGCAGCUUGAGAAGUCCACAGCUUAGUGGAAAGUACGGCAACGGAAUACCAGAUCUUCGUCGCACAGCCUCUGCAGUUGUGUAG